GAAGCAGAGGUGUGUGCAGCGCUGCUGGAGAAGGAGUGUUUGGCUCUGAGUCCUCAGCUCGGUUCCCUCAGGAUUCUCUCUCUGCAUUCUGGACUGGGGAGUCUGACUCAGAGGGUUUAUGAAUCCCACCCUGAAGCGUCUGCUCUGGGGGAGAAAGACAGCUCUGAGGGGGUCAAGAGGAAGGUGGUCCUCUGUGAUUCACUCGCUGAGGCGUCCUUCUCCCUGCCUGCCAUUCGAUACGUCAUAGACACAGGCCUUCAACUCAAAAAUGUUUACAACACACAGAUACGAGCUAACUCACAGGUGAUGAGAACGAUCAGCAAACACCAGGCCGACAUGAGAACUGAAAGGGUGAACAGCCGUCUGCCAG